AUGGGGAAAAUAGCUGUUUCAUUAGGGCUGAUCAGCUGUGGCCAUGAUGCUGCUGCUCUUCCUCCAGUCCGCGCCGCUUCUCCGAGCAACGUGGCAGAGCCGUGCCCGUGCCACCCAGCACGGUUGUGGCCAAGAACCUGCAGCAAAUGGUCCGUGCUGGUGUGGAGCCGCGGGUUCGCAGCGCUGCGCUGCCGGGGUGGAAACCCGCCCGGCCGGGCCCGGGCCCCGCGGCGGCGGCGUUGCCACGGCCACGGCAGCGCCGCCGCACUGCGCCUGCGCGGGAGAGGGGCUCGGCCGGCCGCGUCCGGCUGCCCCUCAGACACGGCUCGGCACCGGCCCGGGCCCGCUGUGCCUCACACAGGGCUCGGCACCGGCCAGAUCCCGCUGCUCCUCGGACCGGGCUCGGUGAGGGCUCGGCACCGGCCCGGGCCCGCUGUGCCUCACACAGGGCUCGGCACCGGCCCGAUCCCGCUGCUCCUCGGACCGGGCUCGGCAUCGGCCCGGGUCCGGCUGCCCCUCAGACACGGCUUGGCACCGGCCCGGGCCCGCUGUGCCUCAGACAGGGCUCGGCACCGGCCCGAUCCCGCUGCUCCUUGGACCGGGCUCGGCAUCGGCCCGGGUCCGGCUGCCCCUCAGACACGGCUCGGCACCGGCCCGGGCACGCUGUGCCUCACACAGGGCUCGGCACCGGCCCGGGCCCGCUCUGCCUCAGACAGGGCUCGGCACCGGCCCGGGCCCGCUGCUCCUCGGACCGGGCUCGGCACGGGCCCGGCCCCGCUGUGCCUCAGACAGGGCUCGGUGAGGGUUCGGCACCGGCCCGGGCCCGAUCUGCCUCAGACAGGGCUCGGUGAGGGCUCGGCACCGGCCCGGCCCCGCCGUUCCCCGCCGGGUGCCGGUGAAGGUGAGGCUGUCCCUGCCAGCCCUCGCCGCUGCGGCACUCUCAAAUUGGGUUCUUGCACUACCAAGCGGUGA